UAUUAUACUCACUCAGCAAUCAUCUCUUGCAUGCUUUCAUAUAUACAUUAUCGUGCUUGUUGUUAAGCAAAACAUGGCAUCCUCAAAGGCUUUUCUUCUUCUUGGUCUUGUCUUUGCUGUUCUCCUCAUCUCCUAUGAGGUCUCAGCUAUUCCAACUCAGUCAGAGGAGAGUAUGGUCAACGGUGAUGGCCGCGGACUUGGAGGUCAUGGCCACGGACAUGGAGGUCAUGGCCACGAACAUGAACAUGGAGGUCAUGGCCACGGACAUGGAGGGUAUGGCCACGGACAUGGAGGUCAUGGCCACGAACAUGAACAUGGAGGUCAUGGCCACGAACAUGAACAUGGAGGUCAUGGCCACGGACAUAGAGGGUAUGGCCACGGACAUGGUGGAUAUGGCCACGGCCACCACGGCAAAGGGGGGCCUGGUGCUGCUGAGACUGAAAUCGAGAAUUAGAUAACCUGUUAGUUUCUGUGACUUACGUUGCAGGUGUGUUGUAAGGGUAGCAGUACGAAAUAAAGUUGUUUGGUUGAGUAAUCUAUAUGAACUCUCAAUCAUAUACUGUCCUAAGCUUGUUCUCAUGUUCUCAUGUUCUCUGUAAUGUACGCAUUGGAAUGUGUUCUCUUGUUAUGUGAUAAAAUGUGAUGUAACUUUCUCAAUACAUAUUAUGUCAAAAAUGUUUAGUA